AUGUAUCCAGCGCCGAUCCCCCCGUUUCUCCUCCCUCGAGGCCUCCCAACAGCCAGAACUCUCCGCACCCUUCAACAAACAACACAGCAGCAGGCGUCUAACCCGACACUGGGCCUCGAGACCCAAGAGAGUCACCGACAAAUCGCGUAUCCUCUCGCAACCAGACAAGUUUCGACCCCGUCACACCCGCAGCGUCUCGUCACUCCGAUCCGCACCACACCGGCCGGUCAACCGGUGAAUUAUGGCCGGGCCUUGACUGCGGAGGAGCGCGAGGCGCAGAAUAAGAAGCAGUAUCCGAAUAUGUUCCCUCCAGAGGGAACGGUGAUGUUUAAAUUUUUGACGUCGCGGUGGAUUCAUGUUUGGAUUGCCAUGGGUAUUCUCACAUCUCUCGCAACCUUCACAUUCACCACCAACUUCAAAGCAACAUCUCCAUUUGCCCACCUCCUCCCUUCCUGGUCCGACCUCUUCACUCAUCCCAUCGACACCAUCUCCCAGGCCAUGCACGUCUACCGUAUGCAUGUUCAGCACGAGUCCAUGCGGGUCCGUGAGCAACGUCACCGCCGCGUCGAAGACGCAGAGAAGCGUAGACAAUACCGGAUUGCGCAUGGCUUGGAGGAGGCCCCGGAGAAGAAGGACGCAGAGGGAAGUGAUGUGCAGUCUCCCGUUGCGGCGGAUGCCGUGGCGUCUGUCGCCAGCGAUGGGGCGACGGGAGCUGCAGUGGCGGCCGAGGAGUUUGUGGAUUGGGAGGGCAAGAAGAAGCCUGUGAAGAAGUGGCUUGGGAUUUGGUGA